CUGACUCCAAAUUUCUAGGAUUCUAUGAUUGUCUCUGCCAUUAACAUUUCUACUUUCCAUCCAGAUGACUUCCGUGGGGUACUCAGAUGACCAACUCUCCUCCACACCUUUUACCGAUUAUGACACCGAAGGCAUCCUAUGUGAGAACCAUGAGAACUUUGAAUCAAUGACCCUAUCCCACACAGUCUUUUACUCCUUGGUGUUCUUCCUAAGCCUUGUUGGGAACAGCCUAGUCCUCUGGGUCUUGGUGAAGUAUGAAAGCCUGGAAUCCCUCACCAACGUCUUUAUUCUUAACCUCUGCCUCUCUGACCUGGUCUUCUCUUGUCUGUUGCCUUUCUGGGUUGUGGUGCACUAUUAUGACUGGAUCUUUGGGGAGUUCUUCUGUAAGCUACUCAACAUGCUUUUCUCUAUCAGCCUUUACAGCAGCAUUAUUUUCCUGAUGGUGAUGACCACCCACCGGUACAUAUCUGUGGUGCAUCCUCUGUCAAAUCUAGGUGGUCACUCCUGUUGGAGCAGAGUCGGGAUCAUCUUGGGCAUCUGGAUGGCCAGCAUUAUGGUGUCUGUUCCCGAUACCAUUUUCCACACUGUUCUCACAGAUAAGUCCUGUGACUUCUCUGAGCCAAAGUGGUUUCUGCUGUCCACUUACCUACACAAUCUCUUCUUCAUCUUCUCCCUGGUAGUUACUCUGUUCUGCUAUGUCCAGAUCCUUAGGACUUUGUUUCAAUCCCACACCAGGAGGCGGCACCGGACUGUCAGACUGAUCUUCACCAUUGUGGUGGCUUACUUUCUCAGCUGGGCCCCCUACAACAUGGUCCUGUUCCUACAGACUCUCGUGAAACUUGGGUACAUACAGAACUGUGAAGUCAUUAAGAAGCUAAACUAUUGGGAACAUAUCUGCCGGGAGUUCGCUUUCUCCCAUUGCUGCUUCAACCCGGUGCUCUACGUGUUUGUGGGAAUCAAGUUCCGCCGACAUCUAAAGGCGCUCUGCCGCCAGAUCUGGCCUUCCCAGUGGAGCCUGACCUCUUCACCCCGCUCCCCCAGGGCCUUCCUUUAUGAGGAUGCUUCAUUCUUCUGAAAAGCCUCUUCCAGGGAAAAGUAAUCACAGCAGCUUCCCUUUCAUCAGAAAAGGAGAUAGGGAAUCAUACUAGACAGGAUUACUGGAGCUUUCAUCCCUGGGGGGUGAAGUGGGAGUGGACCAAAAUUAAACAGAUUUUAUAUUUUGCUAAUGUAGCUUAUGUUGAAGCUAGGUCUCAUGUAGGACAAAUUGAUCAUUGGACUGGGAAUCACAACAGGACCAUCAAGGAAAAUACUUCUCUGAUGCUGCAUUUGGAUGAUUUAUUAACGGAAAGGGGGUUCAACUUUCUUUUUCCACUGUUCAGACCCAAUUUGAAAGAUCUACAAGCCAGGUGAUACAGCACCAGGAAAAUAUGGUGUAUCUACAAGCCUAGAAAGAUGGGCUAGUCAAUUUUAUAGCUAGCUGGUCCCUUUACAAAUGGCUAUCUCAUUGCUUUCUCCUAUUCUUCUGGGGUAGCACCAAGCCCAAGGGCAAAGCAGAGCUAAUGCCUACAAAUCAGGUUAGGGGUCUGGCAUUUAGAAAAUUACCCUUGUCUGAACCUAUGGCUAUUCUGGGUAACUUCAAACAGAAUGUCUAGUCCCCGUGGAAGGGCAUGGAAGGAAGAGGAUUUAGAAUCCAAGUACAGGAAUAAAGAAGGUUGAAGGGAAUGGCAAGGAACUGGAAAUUGAAGGGAUAUCUAUUAGUUGAGGGAUGGCUAACCAAAUUAUGGCUUAUGACUGUGGUGGAAUACUACUGCACUGUAAGAAAUGAUGAGCAGAAGUGCUAAGGUCUGAGAAUAUAAAGAAAGGCAAAAAAAAGAAAUAGCCCCCAUUCUCAAGGAGCUAAUGGUCCAAUGAGACAAACAUAUAAAUAACUAAAUAAACGUAUUCAAAAGAGAUGGAAGGCCAUCAUAGGGAAAUAGCAUUAGCAGUUGGAUGAGUGGGACCCGGUGGAAAGGCUUCCUAAAGAAGAGGAUCAGAGAAGAAUCUAGGUCUAAUUGGCCCUAUUUUGUUGUCAACCCAAAUUAAUCCUGAUUGAACAGCAAGAAAUGGAGAGACCAUGGCCCGUAAAAGACUGUUCUGGACAUUAAGAAAAAUAACAACACAGGUAGCUGUAAGGAAAUCAUCCAAACAAUUUCUUAGGCAACAAUAGAAAUGCUAUUUGAAGAAUGACUUGUGAAUGUCCACCUUCAGAGAAAAAAAAAUGGCAAAUAGAAAGUAGGACAUAGUUUAUAUAUAUAUA